UCUUGUGAUAAAAAUUAGAUAAUUACUAUAUAAAACACAACAACAAUUAAUUUUGUUGUCAAUUCAUUUUCAAUUCACCUUCUUUGAAUAAAUUGUCGACUCAGACUGAUUCAGUAGUCUUUAAAACAUUACAAUAUGACAACCAUUCAUUUAAACUGUUUCGUUUUGAUCACAAUUGGUCUAUUCAUCGCAACAAGUGAAUCAUUUGUAAUCCAUCCUUUGAAAUCGAAAGAUGCUUACAAACCAAUACCGACUACCGAUCCAAUGGUCGUGAAAGAUGUCAGCUUCGCUGUGUCGGAAAUCAAUCGGCUCUCGGCUACCAAAUAUCUGGUCAAACCUCUGAAAAUAAAGAAAUCUUCCAUUUUGUUGAAUGAAUAUAUCAAUCUAACAUUUGAAGUUGGAACCACAGUUUGUCUCAAAGAUUCAUCAACACCACUUGAUAAAUGCACACUUGAUGCAAAAAAGCCAACUACGACAUGCAAAGACGUGAUUGUUGACAAUACACCUUGGAGAGAAGUUAAAAUGAAGGUAACCCAAUUUGGAAACUGUCAACCUUAAUAUCCAUGAUUAUGGUUCCCGCCAACGUCCAUAAACGGCUUCUGGAAUAACAAAUACAAAUGAAUGUAAAGACAAAUAAAUAUUCGCUAACCACUGUCCAAUCUUACCUCAAAAAUUUGGAUUGAAAACAAUCUUUCCAAUUACUUAACUUGAUCGGAUCUGAGUUGUAAAUUAACCAUAAGAGACAUUAAGACGCCUUUUUUACCUAUCCAAAAUGAUUGAAUUGAUUAAUAAAUAAAUAUUAAAAUAUA